UCGAUUUCGAAUUCAUGUCCUACGUGUCAGUUCUUCUCUCUCUACUCUCUCCUUCACUCCUCUCUCGACUCUAACGUGAUUUGGCCGGCCAAAUCACGCACAUUCGUUGCCGUUGGUGGAUCUGCUUGUCCUCACUCCUCCCCAUUUCUCUCUAGGGUUUUAGCGCUUUCUCGCUUAGACUGACAUUGUUUUUUGAGUUUAGGGUUUCGAUUCGUGUUCAAUGAAGACGUUCUAGUUCAAAAUUUUGUUUAGAAACCCUAAGUUUGCUAGCAAUGCAGAGCGCAUCCAGCUCGGUGGCCCAACCGGAGGCGAUUUUGGAAUGGCUGCAAAAAGAAAUGGGGUACCGACCUCUGGGGCCGUACAGCGCUUCCAACAAGGCGCCAAUGCCGUCGAUCGACUCGUUCCGGAAGAUUUGCCGGGGGAACAUGAUUCCUGUGUGGCACUUCCUGCUUACGCGAGUGAAAUCCGAGAAGACGGUGGAGAAUAUCCGCCGGAACAUACUCGUCCACGGCGGGGACAGCGGCGGUGGCGGAGGGGAUCAGGUGAAGGCAGGAGAGGUGGGGAGGGGUAGAGGGAGGAGGAAGGAUAAAUUGGGGGCGGGCGGAGAGAGCUCCACUUCGAGUUCAGUGGAGACUAGUAGGGAAAUUGGUUUGCAGGAGAGGAAUUUGGCAGAGAAGGAGGUGGAGAGGUUGAGGCACAUGGUAAGGCGGCAGCGGAAAGAGUUGAAGGCGCGGAUGUUAGAGGUUUCAAGGGAGGAGGCAGAGCGGAAGCGUAUGCUUGAUGAGAGGUCUAAUUACAGGCACAAGCAAGCAAUGUUAGAGGUAUAUGAUCAACAAUGCGAUGAAGCAGCAAAAAUUUUUGCAGAGUAUCAUAAGCGCCUUCGUUAUUAUGUUAAUAUGGCAAGGGAUGCACAAAGGUUGAGUGUUGAUUCUUCUACUGAAGUUAGUGGUUACAGUGCAAAUAGUGAGAAAGAGGCUGUUUAUUCAACUGUUAAGGGCACCAAAUCUGCAGAUGAUGUCAUUCUUAUAGAAACAACAAGAGAAAGAAACAUCCGAAUGGCUUGUGAAUCUCUUGCACGGCAGAUAAUAGAAAAGAUUCGGAACUCCUUUCCAGCUUAUGAAGGAAGUGGUAUUCACUUUAAUCCUCAAGUAGAAGCUGCCAAGUUAGGCAUAGAUUUUGAUGGGGAUAUAUCUGAGGAGGUUAGAGAUGUAAUUGUAAAUUGUCUGAAGAAUCCUCCUCAAUUGCUUCAAGCUAUUACAGCAUACACUGAAAGAAUGAGGACAUUGAUUGUUAGAGAAAUAGAAAAAAUUGAUGUUAGAGCUGAUGCAGAAACUUUAAGGUACAAGUAUGAGAAUAACAGGGUAAUGGAUGUUUCUUCUGCUGAUGCAAGCUCACCUCUACAAUAUCAACUUUAUGGCAACGGGGAGAUUGGAAUUGAUUUGCCUUCAAAGGGAACUCAAAAUCAACUGCUUGAAAGACAGAAAGCACAUGUUCAGCAAUUUUUGGCCACUGAAGAUGCACUGAACAAAGCUGCAGAAGCUAAGAAUGCAUGUCAAAAACUGCUGCAGCGUCUAAAUGGAGGUGGCGAUGCUGUAUCUUCACAAUCCCUUAUUGUUCCCUCUUCACAAAAUGUGGGCAGUCUCAGGCAAUUUGAGUUAGAGGUUUGGGCCAAAGAAAGAGAAGCUGCUGGAUUGAGGGCCAGUUUGAAUACUUUGAUGUCUGAAGUACAACGCUUGAAUAAAUUGUGUGCAGAGAGGAAGGAAGCUGAAGAUUCUUUGAGAAAGAAGUGGAGAAAGAUUGAAGAGUUUGAUGCCCGCAGAUCUGAACUUGAACUGAUAUAUAAUGCUCUACUUAAGGCCAACAUGGAUGCUACUACAUUCUGGAGUCAGCAACCAUUAGCUGCAAGGGAAUAUGCUUCAAGCACUAUUAUCCCAGCAUGCAUGGUGGUUAUUGAGAUAUCAAAUAGCGCAAAAGAUCUUAUCGAGAAAGAAGUGUCAGCUUUUUCUCGGAGCCUUGAUAAUAACCUCUAUAUGCUUCCGUCAACCCCACAGUCACUCUUGGAAUCCAUGGGUGCUAAUGGAUCUACUGGGCCUGAAGCAGUUGCUGCUGCUGAAAAGAAUGCUGCUCUAUUGACUUCAAGAGCUGGUGCUAGAGAUCCCUCUGCAGUUCCUUCCAUAUGCCGGAUCUCUGCUUCUCUUCAAUAUCCCGCUGGAUCGGAAGGUUCAGACACUGGUUUAGCAUCUGUAUUACAGUCUCUAGAAUUCUGUUUGAAGCUACGUGGUUCUGAGGCUUGUGUCUUGGAGGACCUGGCAAAGGCCAUUAAUUUGGUCCAUGUACGGCGGGAUCUUGUUGAGAGUGGUCAUGCAUUGUUGACCCAUGGAUAUCGUGCACAACAAGAAUAUGAAAGGACCACAAAUUACUGUUUGACUUUGGCUGCUGAACAAGAGAAGACUGUCACAGAGAAGUGGUUACCUGAACUUAAGAGUGCAAUUAUAAAUGCUCAAAAAUGCCUUGAAGAUUGCAAAUACGUUAAGGGUUUGCUUGAUGAAUGGUGGGAACAACCAGCAUCGACUAUUGUUGAUUGGGUUACGGUUGAUGGGCAAAAUGUUGCUGCUUGGCAAAAUCAUGUGAAACAGCUUCUCACAUUUUAUGACAAGGAGCUUCUGUGAGUAGAUCUUUAUGAAACUCAUAAAAGCCUUCAAAUUUGACCGAGGUACCCCUCGUUUACAACUGUUAUCUUCAACUUCCAUGCCAAUUUUGGGUACAACAACGAAACCUGAGGCCUGUUUGAAAUGUUUUAUAGUCAGUCCUAAAAGAAGGGGUAAAAAUGGGUGAGUCUGGUCUUCAGUCUUGUUACGCCUUUGUAUAGAUGGUUCUUCCCCUGGAAGGAUUUUUUUGUAUAUUAGCCAUUUAUUGUUCCAGGAGGACAGGGCAUCGUCUGCGGGAUUGAGGUCGGAUGGGUUCUUGUUCUGUUGUCAUUUGGUUCUUGCGGAUUGACUGUUGUAAUGUUGUCCGGAAACAUUCAUGAUGAUGGUUGGUGUAAAAGUUAAGCCUGCUUGCAUCACAA